AUGCAGAGGCGUAUGCUCUCCAAGGAGGACGAGCAGGCAGGCGACGAAGUCGAGGUCCGCAGAGAAGACCAGGAUAAGAUCAACAAGUUUAGCCGGCUGCAUCAGAGGGAACUGGCCAUGGAGGAGGAACUCAGGUUGAAGAAUAAAGAGAAAGAGGAAUAUGAUGACCUGUCGACCGAGUUGGAGCUAGCGGAUGAAGAUGAAAAGAUUCAGUACAAGAUCGGCGAUGCAUUCUUUCACAUUCCACUUGAUCAAGCCCAAGAGAUGUUGGAAGCGGCUACGACGAAAAUUGACGAAGAGACGAGCGAACUAGAAGACAAGAUCGGCUCGGUACGCGAGGAGAUGCAGCAACUCAAAGUCGAAUUGUACGCCAGAUUCGGAAAGCAAAUCAACCUCGAAGUAUAA